GAAAACAUUAACUAUCUCAUUCGUCUUCUCUUCGGACUCUUCCUCCAUAGACUCUAAGAGAGAUGGCGACGGCGUCGUUUAGGUGGAUUCUGCAGCUUCACCGAGACGUACCCAAAGCGGCUCGAUUCUACGCGCAAGGUCUCGACUUCUCAGUCAAUGUCGUCACGUUACGCUGGGCCGAGCUCGAUUCUGGUCCUCUCAAGCUAGCUCUUAUGCAAUCUCCCAGCGAUCAUGUUGCUGAGAAGGGGAACUCAUCGCUUCUAUCGUUCACGGUCGCAGACAUUAAUACAACAGUGACCAAACUCAUGGCACUAGGAGCAGAACUAGAUGGCACAAUCAAGCAUGAGAUACAUGGAAAGGUCGCAGCUAUGAGAUGCCCUGAUGGUUACAUGUUAGGCCUUUAUGAGCCUGCAUAAGCAUAUGAAUAGAGGUCUAGCCUGCGAAGAAGCCAAUUCUGCAUAGUGUAGGAGAUUGUUGUGUGAACUUGGGGAUGCAAAACUCAUCUCUUGAUCAAUAAAGAGUUGUUUAUUGCUCUUAAGGUGUUAAUGUCACCUUCUCAUUCGCCUUCUUCGUGAGAUUUGGAUUUCAAUCACUAAUCCAAUAUGUUCCUUAAAAUGAUUAAAACAAAUUUUUCAUUCCAAAUUUCUACGAUAUCAUAUAAGAUGAUAUUUCAAUCUAUCGAUUAGAA